CUUGAGUUAAAAGAAGCUGUAUUGAUAGAAGAAGCUGUUAUCUUUACUGUAAACGCAGAAGAAGAGAAAUCGAGGAGCAUAGGAAAAUCGAAUUGGGGAAAUUGAGAAGCAGCAACAUUAACAAAUAACAAUGGCGUUGAAGUUUUUGAACAAGAAAGGAUGGCAUACAGGAAGUCUUCGAAACAUAGAGAAUGUUUGGAAGGCAGAGCAAAAACACGAAGCUGAAGAGCGCAAGUUAGACGAGCUUCGCAAGCAGAUUCAUGAGGAGAGAGAACGCGAUGAAUUUCGCCUUCUUCAAGAGCAAGCUGGACUCACACCGAGGCAGGAAAGGUUGGAAUUUCUCUAUGAUUCUGGAUUGGCAGUUGGAAAAACCAUUUCUGAUGGAUUUAAGGCACUUGAAUCGCACCCUAGUGCUGAUAAUUCCGCAUCGGCUUCGGUAUCGGCCUCGGCCUCAGCCUCAGCACCCUCCUCGUCAAAUCAAUCAGCUGUUCCUGGAGCUCUAUUUGAAGAUAAACCGCAGUCUGCCAAUGAUGCUUGGAGAAAACUCCAUUCAGACCCACUGCUGAUGAUUCGGCAAAGGGAGCAAGAAGCUCUGGCUCGAAUAAAGAAUAAUCCAGUAAAGAUGGCUAUGAUUCGUAAAUCAGUUGAAACAAAGAAUAAACAUGACGAAUCUCAUGCUGGGGAGCGCAAAAAGGUGAAAUCAAAACAUAGAAAGCACUUGUCCAGACAUCAAUCUGAUUCCGAAACUGAUAGUCAUGAAGAGAGAGAAAGGAAAAAGAAGGUGAAGCGCAAAAAGAAAGAGUGUGGCUCUAACACGGAAAGUGAUGGUGAUGAAAAGGGGGAAAGGAAAAGGAGGGUGAAGAACAAAAAGAAAGAGGAUGUAAAUUCUGAGGAGGACUCUAGAGACAGAAGUAGACAUCAUAGACAUACCCACAGAGAUAAUGAAAGUGAGAAGCAGCAACGCAGUAGUCCUAUAAAGCAAAAACCAGACAGAAAUAAAGAUUAUGAACGAACCCAGAGAGGAUUUGAGAAAUCAAAGCAUGAGGAGUAUCGCUCAGACCGUCAUAUUGACAGAUCUCCUCACAAAGAUAAUGAAAGUGAGAAGCAGCAACACGGUAGUCCUAUAAAGCAAAAACCAGACAGAAAUAAAGAUUAUGAACGAACCCAGAGAGGAUAUGAGAAAUCAAAGCAUGAGGAGUACCGCUCAGACCGUCAUAUUGACAAAUCUCCUCACAAAGAUAAUGGGAUGUCAAAUCAAGGUAGUGAUUCUAAGCAUACUGCUCUGCCACCUAGGCCAGAUUCAUACAGACGCCGAGGUAGGGCUACUCAACUCUCUGAAGAAGAGAGGGCUGCUAGGUUGAGAGAGAUGCAAAUGGAUGCUGAGAAACAUGAAGAGCAACGGUGGCAAAGAUUGAAGAAGGCUGAUGCGGAUGAUGCACGUGAAGCUAGCCAAGCAGGUAAUUCUCGGGGAAGGUCGUUCCUGCAUUCUGUUCAGAAGAGUGUCUAUGGUGCUGAGAAAGGUGGGAGCUCGACAAUAGAGGAAAGUGUUCGCCGUCGUUCCCAUUUUCUUCAGGGAAGGACGGCUGAUGAGGGUAAUGCUUUCCGGAGAUGAUGGGUUUUGUACUAGUGGUUUUCUCCACGAAGGGCCUGCAUCUAACCACAAGGAUCAAACCAUAUUUCCCACAAAGAAGCUUAAAAUGAAGGCUAUAUGAGUUUGUUUGGCUGUUGAAUCUAAUGAUCACAAUUCUUCUCGUACAUAAGAUAGUACUCUUCAAGUCAAAUGGAUACUUUGUUCUUUUUCAGUUGUGUUAUGUUGGCUUUUGGUGGUAUCUAUAUAUAUAGUCCACUUUGACCAUCUUGUAUGAUUUAUAUUUUAUACGCAAAGAAAAACAUAGUCACUUGAGAUCUUGUUGUUAAAUUUUGUAAGAAACAUCAACUUUUUUUUACUUAUCCAUAAUUAUAUGUAUUAAUUCA